AUGCGCUCCGACAUAGAAAAUUAUGUUAAAAAUUGUAAGUUGUGCCAAGUAAAUAAACCACUAAGAACAUGUAAUAAGGCUCCAAUGGUGAUAACUUCUGCAAGCACAAAACCAUUCGAAAGAUUAGCUCUAGAUAUAGUCGGUCCACUACCCGAAGCUGGUUUGCAAAACUUCAAAUUCAUAUUAACCCUACAAGAUGACCUAACCAAAUUCUUAUGUGUAUAUCCAAUGAUAACUUCCAGCAGUGACGAAGUAGCUCGUACAUUAGUUCACUUUAUCUCUCUGUUCGGAAUUCCCAAAACGAUAUUAACAGAUCUCGGCGCAUGUUUCACGUCGAAAUUAUUUAAACAGUGCAAUACACGACGAAUUGUUAAACACGAAUCAAAAGUUAGUAAUUCUAUUGAGUUAAGUGAAGUCUCAUCAUCAGACGAUGAUAAAAAGGAUUCUAUAUCUUUACCCAACAUGCCAGUGCAAAAUCAAAUGAAAAGAACAUUUGGUAAAUUCAACUUAUCAAAUCGAAACUUAUGUAAUAAUUAA